UCUGCGCUUGACCAGAAAUGGUCCGAGACGCAAAGACUGCCCAUUUAAAUGAAAGCAACGGACGGAAGCAGUCAAACAUCACAUCGCCGACUUGACUGUGUUUGGUUAUUUCGCUCUGUCGGAAGUGUUUUGUUUUUUUUCUGGACGAUGAAGUUGGUCACGCUCUUCCUGGUGUUGUCGCUUGUGGUGCUCAUGGCCGAGCCUGGCGAGUGUUUCUUCAGAAAUCUCUGGAAGGGCGCCAAGGCGGCGUUCAGAGCAGGGCAUGCGGCAUGGAGAGCUCACCGAGAACAAGUCCGUGAGCAAAAGAGGAUUGCUUGGGAGAACCGACAACAGAAUGCUUACCCGCCGCCACAGCAAUACGUGCCCGUCAUCGUCGAGGACUGAAAGCAAUAUCCAAGUUGAAGAUGUGGAACUCGCUGCAAAACCAACAUUCAUACGGCUUGCUAGCAAAUGAUUUGAUUUCAUUUUAAACGUCAUCAGUGCCUUGCUAAAUAAAGCAAAUACGAAAAAGAGAAA